GGCCUCGGCUCGGGACGCUGCAGCUUGAGGUGGCAAGCUCGCUCGAGCUCGGUUCAUUGACAGCCCUCCCGCUCAGGGCUCACGGCUCAGGGCCUCAGAACUCUCCUUUCCCUUCUCUCGAACCCUCUCCUCCCUUUCUCUUCCUUCACUGGCGGCGACGACUGGGUGAGCGGCGGCGCCAUCUGUCCUGUCUUCGCCCAGCCCUUUGCCGGCGACGAGCGCAUCCUCCAGAAACUCCUUUUGUUCCAGGGGAAUUGUUUCGCUGGGCCGGCGGUGUAACCCGGCUUUCUUCAAUUGAAAGAUGAGGAAGCUCAAGUUCCACGAGCAGAAGCUCCUCAAGAGGACAAAUUUCUUGCAGUACAAGAGGGAGGGCGGCCACCGGGAGGCGCUUGUGACCCAGCGCUACCACCUCGUCGAGAGGGACGACUACAAGAAAUACAAUGGCAUAUGCUUAAUGGUGCAGAAGCUCGUUAACAUCAUAAAGCAGAUGGACCCAAGAGACCCUUUCAGAAUCGAAAUGACAGACAUGCUGCUUGAUAAGCUAUAUAAUAUGGGUGUUAUUCCAACAAAAAAGAGCCUGUUAAAAUGCGAGAAUCUUUCAGCUAGCGCCUUCUGCAGGCGGAGACUGGCAACAGUAAUGGUGAACCUCAAGUUUGCAGAGCACCUCAAAGAGGCAGUGACAUACAUUGAGCAGGGGCAUGUGCGUGUAGGUCCAGAGACAGUUACGGAUCCAGCCUUUCUUGUGACCAGAAACAUGGAGGAUUUCAUCACCUGGGUGGAUUCAUCAAAGAUCAAGAGGAAGGUCAUGGAGUACAAUGAUGCUUUGGAUGAUUAUGAUGCCAUGUUUUGAGAAAAUCAUUCAGCAGAAAUUUUUGUGCCAUCAAUGUAAUAUUAGCUACUCACAUAUGGGCAUUCAGAAAAAAAUCUGUUGCAGGUUACUUGCAUUUGCGUUGCAGACGUGAUACAAUUUUGUAGCUGGUUGCUGACACAUUAUGUCGAUGUAGUGCGCGAUUGCUUUUUUUUUAAAAAAAUGUUCACUCUUAUGCUACCUUGCUGAUUUGGAUAUGCCAAGUUGUUGAGUUGCCUUCAC